GUGAUAGAGGUCGGGAAACAGGCACCUCUCGCCGCCGGAGCGGAGAAACACAACACAGACUCUCUAUAAAGGAAAACUGGAAGGGAUAUAUAUCUUCUAUCGGAGUUUUGAGCAAUGCGCUGGCAGCAUGGCCAGAUGGUUCAAGGAGCACCUGGGAUUCAAAACCACCAAAGCCCCACCACCGGCGCCCCCGAAACCGGACUACCGACACUUCCACACCACUGUAAUAUCCAGCCCGCCUGGAUUUCACCUCCACCAGCAGCAGCAGCAGCAGGCGAGCACCGGGUUAAUGUCCGCUCAGCCAGACAUCCUUACAGCCUACAAACUCCGGAAGGAGCUGGACUUCGAGGAUCCGUACACGGGCGGUGGAAAUAUCCCCUUCUCCACGGGACUUAGUUCAACGGGUUCCCCGGACGUCAAGUACGUGUCCCCGAAACACCGGCUCAUAAAGGUAGAUACUGUUGAGAGGAGCGGCUCAAGUUCGGGCAGCAGUAGCGGGGUGACAGCGGUCAAAUCACCCACUUCUCCACCAGCCGAACCCGAGAAUGGGCACAGCAGCAGCAAACAGGAUAAGCUCGCCAUUGUAGAGGACUAUGCGGACCCAUUUGAUGCAGCGGAUCAGGCUGGCGGCACCCAGACAGUCACAGAAAAGCCAACGGAAAAUGAUGGCUACAUGGAGCCAUACGAGGCCCAAAAAAUGAUGGCUGAAAUCCGAGGUGGUCGUGGUCCUAAAGAUGGUCCAGUUCGGCAGCUACCUCUAUACGACACCCCCUAUGAGCCAGAGGAGAAUGGAGGGCACCUGGAUGGAGGCCGGUGUUCUCGUGAGAGCAGACUACCCCAGGACGAUGAGAGGCCACCGGAGGAGUACGACCAGCCUUGGGAGUGGAAGAAAGAUCGAAUAUCUAAAGCCUUUGCAGUAGAGAUUAAAGUGAUUAAGGAUCUGCCCUGGCCUCCUCCGGUUGGGCAGCUCAACACCAGUCCUCCUAUUAUGGAGGUGGUGGAGGCUCCGUCCCCGCCUGACCAGUCCUUACCAGGACAGACCACGACAGCAACAGCCUGUGACCAGCACCAACAUGUGCAGUUUGAUGGUGUGGAAAAGUCCAGAAUGUCACCCACUAUAGAGGUGAAAUCCCGCCCACUCCAGCGUCACUCCAGCGGUUGCCUGGUCAACACAAAGAUGAGCUCACUGGAUCACAGCACACCCACCGUUGGCGAGCGCAUAGACCCAUCCAUGCCCCUGGAGAGCCAGUUCUGGUAUCAUGGUGCGAUUAGCCGGACUGACGCAGAAUCUGUGCUUAGGUUAUGUAAAGAGGCCAGUUAUCUCGUGAGAAACAGUGAGACCAGUAAGAAUGACUUCUCCCUCUCACUCAAGAGCAGUCAAGGUUUCAUGCAUAUGAAGCUGUCAAGGACCAAAGACAAUAAGUACGUACUGGGUCAGAACAGCUGCCUGUUUGACAGCGUACCAGAGAUCAUCUACUAUUACUCCAGUCGCAAACUGCCAAUCAAAGGAGCUGAACACAUGUCCCUGCUUUACCCUGUGGCCAUACGGACACUAUAGUUGCACUUUACAGCAGGACAGCUAAUGCAGUCAUUCAUAAAUCCUUAAAAAAAAAAACACUAAAGAAUGUGUCAUACAACGUUGGAUAUGGACUACUUUUUGAGGAAAAUGAUUGUCUUAUGUUUCCUUCAUAAUAACUCAUGUUGGAUCUAAUAAGCUUGUUAUAAACAUUUAAUAACAUGAGUUUGGGUGUUUAUUAAGCAUUAAUAAAUGGUUACAAAUAACCAUCAUUAUAUUUAAGUGCUACUGAAUUCCCAAAGGCAAAAAGGGAGAUGGAAUCCCAAUUCAACUCAACUGAAUUCAAUGGACUAAUGGAGUAGGAUUGACUAGAUUACUGAAGAAAAUCACUUCUUUGCAGCAUUACCUACUCAAACAUGCCUUCUCCUUAAACCCAUACCUGUUCACUCCCUCUUUCUUCACAUAAGUGGAUCUUUAGUCAUAGACCUGCACCGCCACACUUUAUCCUCUAUUGUUACAUACUGUAAAACGAAAAAGAAAAAAGAAAAUUGCCAUUUACAUCAUCAUGGAAAUCUCAAUAAGACUGUCUAAAUAUUUGGAUGAUGUCUCACAUGCUGGCUUGUGCUAGUUCUGUUUCUACUACCGAUUUCUAUAUCUCAAAACACAUAAAUCACUUACAUGGACAUAGAGACUGAAUCCUAUUGUAAUUGCCAAAACAUCAUCAUCUGGACUAUAUUGUUGUUUAUAUACAAUGUCAUAUGGAUUUGGUAUUUUUAUUAUUAGUAUUAUUAUUAUUGAACAAACAUUUUCAAACAAUACAGAGAAAGUCAAAUUCAGAUGACUGAAACCAUUCACAGUUCUCAGUUAGACAGAUAUUCAGUAGCUCCAAAAAGUAUUUGGACACUUAAGCCACACUUAAUGUAGGAAUGUUGCAUGUGGUAUUUUUUUUAAAGACAUACAACAAAAUUGCACUUUUUCAAUCAAUAAAAAAAAAUAUUUGGGCAUUUUCAUGUUAUUGAACUUCCAUAGUUAAUGUGAAGAACAACACUCGUGGUUUCCAGUUUUGGGUAAAUUACUUAACAAAAUAAUGCACUACAAAUCAUUUAUCACUUCUAUAAAAUUGUAAUCAUAUUACUUUACUGAUUUCUUCAUUU